AUGCUUAAGACUCUUAAUCUUUUGGACUUGAGUGACAACCAGUUAGAAGGAAUGUUCCCACAAUGGCUUGUUAAAAUCAAAGUGCGAUAUCUCUUUCUAUCAAAUAACAAUUUCACAGGUUCUCUCCCACCUGGUCUCUUUGACAAUCCAUAUUUAGAGCUUCUUUCUCUGUCAUGGAACAAUUUUUAUGGAGAACUGCCAAACAACAUUGGUAAUGUGACUUCAAUCAAGUAUCUUAUGUUGGAUGGAAACAAUUUUUCUGGAACGGUUCCUGAAUCCAUCAACAACUUAGAUGUCCUCUUCUUAUUGGACUUGUCAAACAACAGAUUUUUUGGCAACUUUUUUCCAGCUUUAUGGGGCCUAAGCCCUAUAAUCAUUGAUUUGUCUUCUAACGAAUUCUCAGGUGAAUUUCAAGUUGACUUUCUUUCUAAUACUAAUGUUCUUGUAUUAGGCAAAAAUAAGUUUUCUGGUAGCUUGUCUAGAAGCCUUACAAAAAUCCCUCUAAAGUUUGGAAAGCUUACUGGUACAAUGGAAACACCUAACGUAUUUUUGGAUGACGUACUUUUGAAUAAUUUUUAUAAUGAAACUGGUGAUUACGACUUGAAUGUCAAGAUUCAUGAUUUGAUUGUAAAUUGGAAGAAGUCAAAACAAGGUCUAUCAUUCAAGAACCUCAAGCUCUAUUCUUUGUUAGACUUGUCAAGUAAUCAACUUUCUGGUGAAAUUCCAGCUUCAUUGGGAAGUUUGAAGGCUCUAAAGCUUCUCAAUGUCUCAUUUAACAACCUUCAUGGGAGAAUACCCAAAAGUCUUGGAGGUUUAAAGAAUCUAGAGAGUUUGGACUUGCCACACAACAAUUUAUUGGGCUCAAUUCCACAAUCACUAGCAAAGUUACAAUAA